AUGACAGAAAUUGUGAAAGUCACCAAAAUAAGCAAUAGCUACAUAAGACAUAUUUUGUCCAAACGAGGUCUGCAUUAUUUGUACACAUAUCAGUAUGCUUUAAUUGAGCUGCUAAACCGGAGCAAUAACGUUUUAAUCAGUUUGCUCUACUCUGACUGCAUGGUAUCGUACGUGCUUUAUUCAUUUUACAAAAUAAAAGGCGCUAAUGUGGAUGCACAAGAUGGAGUAGCAAUGUCUAACAGGGAGGGAGACAACACCUUUUCGAUAGAAGAUAAGACAAAGAAGAGGCGAAAAAAAAAUAAUUUCGCACAAACAUCCGCUCUGCAUGAAACGAUAAUAAAAUUGAAGCCACCAGAUGUGUCAACCUACUUAAUAAAUAACGAAGGGAACGUUCAAAAUGUGCGAUGCAAUUAUUUUCUGUAUAAUAUUAUCAUUUUGAAUGCAGAAAGCUUCUCUCCCAAGUAUGACUUCUCCGUUUUGCUCGAGCUUGUUAAUUUCAUCAUAAUUGAUGACUUGAGUGAGCUGUAUCAGUUAAAAAUGGACUAUACAGUAAAACGGAUUUUAACACUCUGUAAGGAAAAGCAGGACAGGGGGGACGCGCUGCAGAUUUUGCUAGUAAAUAAAUCGUAUGACCAGUGGGUCGUGAAUGACUUGCUGCAGCAUGCUCGGAGUGUAAAGUAUGAGGUUCUUGAGGAGGGCGACGGGUGCGCGGUUGACCCGAUUGGCAGGGUUGGCCCGAUUGACCCCAUUGACAGGGUUGACCCGCUUAGGACGUUUAACCAGCGUAGCUCAGGGAGUGCUUUUCUCGACGACGAUCAGGGGAGAUACCCCCCAGGGAAGAAGACACACAGUCGCGGUAGAACCACCGCAGAAGGCGUUGCCCCACGAUGGGGAACAACCCUUCACUACGUCAACCUACGGAGGUACAGAAAGAACAACUGCGAUCAUUUCAGCAUUUGCGCCCCCAUGAGUGAAGACAAAAAAUUCCUAGUUCUCUUUUACCUUCUAAACAAAAACAAAGAUAAAAAAAUCAUAAUUUAUUACAAUAAGAGUGACGUGUACGCUUUUUAUGGAUUUGUCAAUGCGUACAUUCCUUGCGUGUUCGUGUCGAGUUCGCACAAAGUCGAUUACAAGAAUAGCAUAGUGAGGACGUUCAACAAGACGGGAGAUUAUGUGCUAAUCACGGACGACAUGAGAAUAAAGAAGGCUUACUCCGUGGAUGCGCAUGUGCAUAUACACUACACCUUCCAAGAGGAUGCUAAUUUGUACGUGGACGCGUUGUUCGAGGGAGUUCCCGUCGAAGCGCACGGCGCUGCAGGUAGCGGUGUUGCAGUUAGCGGUGUGGUUGGAAGUGGUCACUCCCCUGGCUCCCCCCCCGUUGCGGUGACCCAGUCCAUCCUGUUCUACAGCAAAAAGCAGCGCAAGCAGUACGAAGAGAUGAACGCGAUUUUUAACUUCAAGAGCUACCCCCUACCACCCGCGAAAGAGCUAAAAGAUAAUUUCCUCACCUUUCUUAUUGACGAAAUUAAGGAGGUCGUCAUUGAAGACAAUAAACACCUGGAAGAGGCCCAAAAAAUUCAUGAAAAAUAUGGGCACACCUUCCUCUCCGCAGCGUUAUAUUAUAUACAAAAAAAAAAACUGUUUAAAAAAAUUUAAAUGACCGUGCCCGAGGACAUAUACAACGUGAUGCACAAGAAUAAAAGUACCGGAGAGAAUGCGGGCAGGUGGGCAGACCUGCACAUGUACAUUCUGUACAAUAACUAUGAAAAUCGGUUAAGAGCUACUCACCUCAGGAGGGGGGUAUACAAGUCGAAGAAGUCGCUCAGGGGGAAGUUGUCUCGAGGAACACGCAAUCUUGCCAUUGCUGUUGCUAUUGCUGAGACUCAAAAAACGAGUGAACAUGAAGAUGGAACGAGUCGAAAUGAACAAACUGAAGAGCUGGAUGUCCUCCACGUUUAA